AUUCCCCUCCUGCAUCACAACAAGAAGAAGAAAAUUAAAACAAGAAACUAGUUACUGCAAAUCUUGAUUGGUUUCAUGCCCCGAUGCCCGUGUGUGCAAGGCGUUUGUCGCAGAGGUAAGAGGAUCAGAAGGGACAAGAUGGUAACGGAGGAGCGUGUGAUUCAGAAGUCAUGGUCUUUCAACUUUAGGAAGAUGUUUGAGCUCCCAGGGAAGAAAUCUCAGAGCUUGAAUGGCUUUGACAAUGGGAGCUGCAGGGAAGGCGAGGGGGGAAGAUCGGGGAGUCCAGUAGAGAAUCAAAGCUCAAGCAGCAUUUUAAAAGCCUGGGAGAAAGUCCCUAUUUCGCGGUUGGGCAAGUCGGGUAACCAGAAAGAGAAAGAUAAAGAGAAAGAGAGGGAGAAAGAGAAAGAGAGAGAUAGAGAGAUGCAGAUGAUGAGGGAAAAGUUUGCUAAGCUGCUUCUAGGAGAGGACAUGUCUGGAGGAGGCAAAGGUGUUUCAUCUGCUCUGGCUUUAUCAAAUUCCAUCACAAAUCUUGCUGCUUCUGUUUUUGGAGAACAAUCCAAGUUGGAGCCUAUGUCUGCAGAGAGAAAAGCAAGGUGGAGGAAGGAGAUAGGUUGGCUUUUAAGUGUGACAGAUUACAUUGUUGAAUUGGUUCCUUCUCAACAAAAAGGAAAGGAUGGAUCGACUUUCGAGAUAAUGGUGACUCAACAAAGAAGAGAUCUUCUGAUGAACACACCUGCAUUGAAGAAGCUUGAUGCCAUGCUCAUUGACUGCUUAGAUAAUUUCUCAGAGCAGAAUGAAUUCUGGUAUGUCUCGAAAGACGCGGAUGAAUCAGAGAGAGGCGUCCAGAAGAGCGAGAAAUGGUGGCUCCCCACGGUUAAGGUUCCACCGGGUGGCUUGUCUGAUUCAGCAAGGAAAUGCCUGCAGUACCAGAAAGAAUGUGUAACCCAAGUCCUAAAAGCAUCCAUGGCCAUAAAUGCUCAAAUUUUAUCAGAGAUGGAAAUCCCAGAAUGCUACCUUGAAGCACUCCCAAAGAAUGGCAGAGCGAGUCUUGGCGAUGCACUCUACAAGAGCAUAACUGUUGAGUUUUUCGACCCUGAUCAAUUCCUGUCAAUAGUCGACCUGUCAACAGAACACAGUGUUCUUGAUCUAAAGAACAGAAUAGAGGCAUCUAUAGUGAUAUGGAAAAGGAAGAUGAACCAGAAGGAUGGGAAGUCAUCUUGGGGUGUAAGUUUGGAGAAGAGAGAGCAGUUUGAAGAAAGAGCAGAAACAAUCUUGAUCCUACUCAAACACCGCUUCCCGGGGCUCCCUCAAUCUUCCCUCGACAUCAGCAAAAUCCAAUUUAACAGAGACGUAGGACACUCGAUUCUGGAGUGCUACUCGAGGGUACUCGAGAGCCUGGCCAACACUGUCAUGUCUCGCAUUGAAGACGUCCUUUAUGCUGAUUCUCUCGCGCAGGAGCCAUCCCUGGCAGCAGUUAAACGGAAACCACCAUCACCUCCACCCGCAAAUGGGACAGCCACCCCUUUGGAAGAGACAGAAAACACAGAAACGCCAAACUCAAUGACGUUAUCUGAUUUCAUGGGCUGGAAUUUUGAGCCAGGACCGGGAGAGCCAGGAGUGGGAGAGACGGGAAUUCACUCCACAGAUAAUUUAGAUGUUAGCAACAAGUCACCUAGUGUCAGCCCAAAGAAGUUUUCUUACCUAGAAAAGAUAGAAGCCGGCCAAAGGAGUCCCACUGCACGCCAUUAACAGCAAGCGUUAAAGAAAAAUCAGAAGAAAAGCGAGGCACAGAGACAGAAAUAAGUACAGAUACACAGGAAAAGGCUAUAGCAGUAGACAGCUUAACUUACCAGCCAUUUCAAGGAGUUGAAUGGUUUUGUAGCUUUUGUAUGCUCCUUUCCAUUGCUGAUAGAGAAAUUCAAGAUGUUUGUAAAUGUUCUUGACUAAUUUAACAUGGUAUUUGAUAGCUU